GACCAGCAGAGUGCAAACAUGUCCGCGGCGGAGAGCGAACGGGAGAAGAAACGAGAAGAAAAGGACACAAAUCUUCAGGGGCCGCUGACUCAGCAGCUGAUCUCAGAGCUCGUGAACAAAACUGACGAUCAACUGACGACUUGAACACUGAAACACUAAAACAGGUUCUCAUCUCUGCUCCUGAGCAUGUUAUUCCAGAGGGAGUUAAGUCAUAUUUUAGGCUUCACGAAUCAUCGCUUGUGUUUGAAAGAAGCGUCUCUGCUGGAUUUUUACAUUUGUGGAUUUUCGUGGAUGAAACAGAUGAAGUUCAGCGAAAGACAGAUGUCCUUCGUUGUGAAUCUUCUUCACCUUAUGGUCAGUAACAUUCGAGAUAAACAGAUGGAUUUAGUUCAAAACUUGAUGGUGUUUAUCGAGUCUUUAGCUCAUCAGUGUUCCACUUCAGAUGAAGAAACUUCUGUUUUAAACACAGAGGAAGUCUUCACUCUCAUCGGAUACCUGAAAAACAGUCUGUUUCAGAAAUAUAACAUUUAUCAACAUCUGUUAAGAUCUAACAGAGAUGAGCUGCUGACCGGAGCCCAGAGGGACGUUGAGGUGUUUGGCUGUCAGUCCAUCUGUUCUCUGGAGGAAGGACUCUCUGCUCACCUGUUUCACCUGAAGCUGCAGUGAUGUCACCUUCCACAAAUAAUGAACAGGUCAAAGAGUCAGUGUCACCUGUGAUUCCCUUGUUGGCCACAGUGGUGCGCUGUUUGUCUGUUUUUCAGUUGUAUCAGUCUGAACAUGAAAAGUCAAAGUUUUGAUGUUUCCGUUAUUAAAAAUACAUUUGAUUGCCUAAACAUCAGAUUCAUUAUUGAAGCUUUAGAGUAAAUGACUCAGACUGUUACUCAUUGACUGUAAAUACAAUAUCUGAAUCUCACCUCAAACGUACAAUAGAAUUUAAUUACAAUGUUUGCAUUUAAAGUAUCUUAAUUCAUUAAAAAAUUA